GACGUUUAGUCUGAACUAGCAACAUUGGUCUUUGCCUUUUAUACUUUCAACACCCCUUUCCGGUUUAGUUCUUGGGGCUGGGAGCCGUAGUUUCGGUUUUUAUUAUUUUUAAUCGUCUCUAAUCCUACAAAAUGAGAAUCUAUAAGGAUAUUAUUACUGGUGACGAGAUGUUCUCGGACACUUACAAAAUAAAGCUGGUCGAUGAAGUUAUAUACGAAGUCACCGGUAGAUUAGUAACGAGGCAACAAGACGAUAUUAAAAUCGAAGGAUUCAACCCUUCGGCCGAGGAGGCGGACGAGGGAACGGACAGCAAUGUCGAAAGCGGUGUAGACAUAGUGCUAAAUCAUAGGCUAGUGGAAACAUACGCUUUCGGAGACAAAAAGUCUUACACAUUAUACCUUAAGGAUUAUAUGAAAAAAUUAGUAGCAAAAUUGGAAGAGAAGGCCCCUGACCAAGUUGAAGUGUUCAAGACCAACACAAACAAAGUAAUGAAGGACAUCCUCGGCAGGUUUAAGGAGCUUCAAUUCUUCACUGGAGAAUCUAUGGACUGUGAUGGUAUGGUCGCCAUGAUGGAGUACAGAGAUAUUGAUGGUGCCUCCGUUCCUAUCAUGAUGUUCUUCAAACAUGGCCUCGAGGAGGAGAAAUUCUAAUUAUACAGCAUAAGUGAAACUCAAUAUUCCAUAUAUCUGAAGCCUCAAUUACACAUUUUUUUAUUUAUUUACAAAAUCAUAUCCGCAUCAGCUGAAACUGCCUAUUCCCAUCACAAGGCUGAACAUUUUUGUAAUAUUGAUAAAUGUUACAUAACUAUUAUAAAUAAAUUAAUGAACAACCACUAA